CAUGGUAACAACCAGGUGCCUCGGUAAUAGGACCUAGUAGUUCAUUAACGAAUGGUUUUAUAUAUAUUCGCCAGCUUUAGGGAAUAUAAUAGCACACACUCGCCGAAUACAAAGUAACGAAAAGAGAAUUGUUAUCUUGCCCCAAUGGCAGUGUAGGAGUGUUGCUAUGUUUACUAGAGAAGAGAACAAAGCCUUGACCUAAACUCCAUUCAGCUAUGCUCGCGGCCCUUUUCUCUGCCACCUUUUCGAAUUUCACGAACUUUUUUCGUUGGUCGCUUACCAACACUAUCUAGACAUUGAAGGAAUCCGCAUUGCUGUUGAGAUGCGGGAUUUAAUGCCUUUCCUUCUUGUUCUAGUUUUCUCGGUUGUGCUAUUGCCGAUAACUUCAGCUUCUGUUCUUGGGACGUGGUUCAACUGCAGUUCUGCGUCCUGCAAUGCCACACUUUCUGUCUCUCCCUGCUCCUUGACGGGAUCCCUGUGUCAAUGUGACGUAGCCCCCUCAGCCUCGACCACAUGCAGCCUUCAGACAGUCUCUCUAGCCAAUCAGACUGGCGCUGGUCUCAACACGACCCUGGGGCCGCUGUCUUGCUGCGCAUGCCUGGCGAAUGAGACCGCUUGCUGCAAGAUGUGUGCCGUAACGACGACAUCCAGUCCUGCUACACCACAGGGUAACCACGCCAUAUCUACUACCUCUGCACCUGCAAACUACGCCAAAAUAGUGGUCGCAUUCGUGUUUGAGGGCUGCUUUUCCCGGAACACUUCCUUGGCUUCCCAGCGUUUGAUUGACGCAAUUGGCCAAUUAACGUCAACAUCCAGGUCUUACAUUGACGUCACGAAAUCCACUUGUGUCAGCGGUGUCCAGUCCAAUUGCGGCGUAGAUACAAGCAUCGUGGACUCGUCUUCCCAUCGUGCAAGGCGCGCCGUGGGAGGGGGAAGAGCAAGAGGAAGCUCUUCUGAUGACUCGAAAAAGAAGGACUCAUCGUCAAACAGCUACUCCACGACUCUGCAGUACUUUACCAAAACUUUACCAGAAGACAAGAGCGUUCCGUGUGAAAGCUUGGUCAUCAACGCCACGAUAUGGGAGGCGGGAGGAAAAAACAUUGAGGAUGUUAUAAAACAAGUGGUUGAUUCUGUUAAGAACGGUUCACUUGGGAUUCAGCUACCAAGUGAGAUAUUCAAGGCAACGUUCAUCAUUUUCGCGACAAAGAACUCAAGCUAUGAGUUACACGUCAGUCCGUACAUUUACAAGCCUCCAAUCCCAACAGCAAGGUCGAUACCACCUCUAACGACCAACUUGAAACCCUUGAUCUAUACCGGGGGCGCUGUGUUAGGGCUGAUCUCUCUAUGUGUCAUCUAUCAGCUCGUGAAGCAGACGUUCUUGCUACGCAGGAAGAAAUUCACGGAUAUCAACAGCGACCGCGUUAAUUCACGCAAGAAGCGAGUUGAAGAGGUCAUGGACGGACAAGACGCCAAAGACGAAGAGCGAGAACGAGGCGAGUUCGACAUGACGUUCGCAAGUCUGCCUCGUGUGGACAACGACGCGUUGACAAGACGCUAUGAUUGGACGACACCAGGCUACCUGCCGAGCAUGCUCGCCCCAGCUUACCGAGCGACAGAGUUCCACGGCCAAAAUUCACCGCCUCGACUCAUGCUAGACGAUGAUGAUACAGACGAAGAAAAGAAUAGUCUCGGCAAGGCCAGUGUCAUUAACGUGGAUGACGAGACAGACGAAGACUUGCGUGACAUCCUCGAGAGUGACGACGAGUCCUAUAGUAGACCUACCAGCAAGAGAUCAAGCAGAACAAUAAGAGACCCCUCCGCCACUACCAGGAAGACCAGGAAAAGUUCCAGAAAUUUGUCCGGGAAAUCCAAUGGUAAUGUGUCCGCGAAAAAGCAGGAAUCCAAUACUAAGUCUCCGCUUCCUGGAAAAAGACGAAAAUGUUCUUACAUGGGUCCGGAGGGCAGGGAAGCGCUUAAGAGAGAAAGUUCUCCAGCACCAAGUUUCGGGAAUUUAAAGAACAAUAAAGUGACUCCAGUCAAGGAAGAAAGAAAACCUUCAGUAAUUUCCCUGAAGCCGCCGAAAUACACGUCAUCUCAGACGUAGUUCUCGGAAAUAUCUGAACAACAAAAUCAGUGCAUGGUUUACUAUAGAAUUUUGUAGAAUAAGAUUGUACAGAACAAUACCCGCGUGUUGGACCACUUAUCUCAUUAGUAGUAAUUGCAUCACGUGUCCAUUUGAUUUUACGUGUUCAACCAGAUUCUACCACUGUUCUGCAUCUAUCACUUUUACACUUCGAACACGUCUCAAUCCAAUUUUAUCACGUGCUAGCCAAAUGAGCACGUGUUCUAUUGAUUGUACCAAGUUUCUAACUUGCUGUGAUGCGUAUUCCAGCACGAGUUAUACAUCAAUCACGUACCGCAACGUUCCCAGCGAUGUACAAUGGUACUAACUUAAGAUAAAGAGGAAGGAGGUUGCACUGAUCUCUGAAAGCUCUAGAUUUUUCGUAAAGAGACAAUAAUGAAAGAAGCGCUGGAAAGUGUAGGGGCACAUAUAGAUAAAUAUCAGAUUGUAAAUAAAAGUUCUUACAGAUUA